CUGAUCGUGUGCACGCAUCUCCCCUCUCACACGUCUACAUUCCAUCUCACUCUCAUCUCUUGAGUGUGCUCUAUCGAUUGCGUUAUUUGCCUUGCUAGCAAUUCUCGCCCAUUACAACCGCGUUUAGGAGCUGCCUUUCCUGAAUUCCUAAAUCCUCUCCAACUUGCCGAGUCGACGCCAUCGACGCAUCCAGUUGAAAGCCAAACCAGCCCGCGACAAGUUCCAAUUUUUUCUCCCGUCGCCGCGCCUUUGACGCCACAUCCCAGCCAACAAGCCCUGACGACAGGCCCUCUGCUGCCCCGCCCCGCCCCACCUCGUAGCCACACCGCUCGAGUCCCCCCAAGUCCAAGCCCAUAUUUCGGACGGUCCCCCCACCCACCCACUACUUUUGUUCUCACCUCCUGAUAUAUUACCUCUUCAAUGUUCUUGAGGUCUAUCGCUUCUCCCCUCCGCACUUCCCUCCGUCAAACCUCUCUCAAGCCCAUCGCAAGGAUGUCGUCUUCUAUCCCUGUCCCCCAGGACUUUAACAAGGUUCUCUACGAGGACAUCUCGGUUGCCGACCCCGAGGUCGCCGACCUCAUCGAGAAGGAGACCUGGCGUCAGUUCUCGGGUCUCGAGCUCAUUGCUUCGGAGAACCUUACCUCGCUUGCUGUCAUGCAGGCCAACGGUUCGAUCCUCACCAACAAGUACUCGGAGGGUCUCCCCGGUGCCCGUUACUACGGUGGUAACGAGUACAUUGACAUCCUCGAGAACCUCACCCGCGAGCGUGCCCUCAAGGCCUUCAACCUCGACCCCACCAAGUGGGGCGUCAACGUCCAGCCCUACUCGGGCUCGACUGCCAACUUUGCCGCCUUCACCGCCCUGAUCAACCCCCAGGACCGUAUCAUGGGUCUCGGCCUCCCCGACGGUGGCCACCUUACCCACGGCUACUACACUGCCAAGAAGAAGAUCACCGCCUCGUCGAUCUACUUCCAGUCGUUCCCUUACCGUGUCGACCCCAAGACCGGCAUCAUCGACUACGAGCAGCUCGCUACCAACGCCAACCUCUUCAAGCCCCGUCUCGUCGUCUGCGGUGGCUCGGCUUACCCCCGUGACUGGGACUACGCCGCCAUCCGCAAGAUUGCCGACGGCCAGGGCGCCUACAUGCUCUCGGACAUGGCCCACAUCUCGGGUCUCGUUGCCGCCGCCGAGCAGAACUCGCCCUUUGACUACUGCGACGUUGUCACCACCACCACCCACAAGACCCUCCGUGGCCCCCGUGCCGGUCUCAUCUUCUUCCGCAAGGACAAGGGAGACGACCUCGAGAACCGCGUCAACGCCGCCGUUUUCCCCGCCUGCCAGGGUGGCCCCCACAACAACACCAUUGCCGGUAUCGCCGUUGCCCUCAAGCAGGCUGCUGCUCCCGAGUUCAAGGAGUACGCCAAGCAGGUCCGUGCCAACGCCGCUGCCAUCGCCCAGGUCCUUUUCAAGCACGGCUACCGCCUCCAGACCGACGGCACCGAGAACCACCUCAUCCUCUGGGACCUCCGCCCCAUCGGCCUCACUGGUUCCAAGAUUGAGAAGAUCUCAGACGCCGUUCACAUCACAUUGAACAAGAACGCAGUUGCGGGCGACACCUCGGCUCUCGUCCCCGGUGGUAUCCGCAUCGGCUCUUCGGCCAUCACCUCGCGUUCGAUGAAGGAGAAGGACGCUGAGCAGGUCGCCGAGUUCCUGCACCGUAUUGUCCAGAUCGCCCUCAAGACCCAGGAGGAGGCUGGCUCCAAGCUCCUCAAGGACUUUGUCAAGACCUUCGAGUCGCCCAACACCGAGUCGGCCAAGCUCGUUGCCCAGCUCAAGGAGGACGUUAAGACCUUCUCCGUCUCGUUCCCGCUCCCGGGCGUCCCAGACAGCUCUAAGAUCAAGCGCUUCGACUAAUCAAGUCGAUAGCGAUGUUUUACCACAUGGACGUGUCGUUCGACCGGCGCGUCGACUUAGUUUCGGUUUGAAAUAGGAUUCAACCAGCAAUUUGUACUAGAGUAUCAUUCACCUGAUGCAAGCAGCAUAUCACAUGG